CUGCUCUACCUUCUUUUUUCCUCGGUGGAGGCCAUGAUGGGAGCCUGAGUUCAGCUGGAGCGAGUAAAAAAGAAAGAUGAUUCCCCGGGACGGAGCUGUCAACGCAAUCUGUGCAUAUUGCUGAUUUUUGUAUAGUCUGUAUACAUCUGAGGUGGAGCCUGUCACUUUUUUCCCUUCCCCGCGAUGUUCUCGACGAGCGCUCGGUGACAAUGUUGAAUCGCUAAGGAGGUCUUUUUUGGAUCGUAGCGAGCUAGCCUAGCUCCAACCUCCCCCCCGUCCGAGUGACUGGAUACGGACUCCCCCCUCCCCUCCCCUACCCCCCCCCCCUUUCCUCCCGGGGUUACCAGUGAGUUUUCUUCUGGCUUCGGACCGAACCCGGGGCUUAUUUUGUGGACAGCUGCAUGUAUUUCACUGGGGAGUAUUUGGAAGAGCGACCGCGGGAUUGGAAAAGUCGGGCCUUCGCCGAGGAGAAGCCGAGCAAGGCCCGUCUUUAUGUUCCAGAGGAAGCCUGUCUAAUCCCAACGAGCUCGGCUGGCUAGCCCCGAGGAGGACCCCCCUCCCCUCCCCUAUCGAGUGGACCCGCCGUGUACCACCGAACCACCAAAAAGUCUGCUUUCAUCAUUUCCCCAUAAUAGACUCCUGUCAGCCGCUGCAAUGACUGCCAUUAUUAAAGAAAUUGUCAGCCGGAACAAAAGGAGAUACCAGGAGGACGGCUUCGACCUGGAUUUAACAUAUAUCUACCCAAACAUCAUCGCCAUGGGCUUUCCAGCAGAGCGACUCGAAGGCGUGUACAGGAACAAUAUCGACGACGUAGUACGGUUUUUGGAUUCAAAGCAUAAAAACCAUUACAAAAUCUACAACCUCUGCGCAGAAAGACACUACGACGCUGCCAAAUUUAACUGCAGAGUUGCACAGUACCCCUUCGAAGACCACAACCCCCCUCAGCUGGAGCUGAUCAAGCCCUUCUGCGAAGACUUGGACCAGUGGCUCAGCGAGGACGACAAUCACGUGGCGGCCAUCCACUGUAAGGCCGGCAAGGGCCGCACCGGCGUGAUGAUCUGCGCCUAUCUCCUCCACCGCGGCAAGUUCCAGGAGGCCCAGGAGGCGCUCGACUUUUACGGUGAAGUCAGGACAAGGGACAAGAAGGGAGUGACCAUCCCCAGCCAGCGCCGCUAUGUCUACUACUACAGCUACCUACUGAAGAACCAGCUGGAGUACAAGCCGGUGGCACUGCUCUUCCACAAAAUGGUCUUCGAGACGCUGCCCAUGUUCAGCGGGGGCACCUGCAGAGACAGUACCGUUAAAAACAGGAGCGAGCUGACCCCUCAGGGCUUCAAGAAAGGGAAUUGGCAUUGGGAUCCCCAGUUCGUCGUGUACCAGCUCAAAGUGAAGAUCCACACAUCCAACCCCACCCACACCCGGCGCGAGGACAAGCACAUGUUCUUUGAGUUCCCGCAGCCCCUGCCAGUGUGCGGCGACAUCAAGGUGGAGUUCUUCCACAAACAGAACAAGAUGAUGAAGAAGGACAAAAUGUUUCACUUCUGGGUAAACACCUUCUUCAUCCCCGGGCCGGAGGAAGGCGUGGAGAAGUUGGAGAAUGGCGCGGUGAACAACGCUGAUAGUCAGCAGGGCGGCGGGAGCGGCAGCCAGGUCCAACAACAGCUUCAGCCGCCGAGCAACGCCGAGUGCAGGGACGGAGGCGGGGGCGGCGGCAGCAGGGACGGCAGCGACAGGGACUACCUCAUCCUGACGCUGACCAAAAAUGACCUGGACAAGGCCAAUAAGGACAAAGCCAACCGCUACUUCUCGCCAAACUUCAAGGUGAAGUUGUAUUUCACUAAAACCGCAGAGGAGCCUUCGAAUUCCGAGGCGAGCACUUCGACAUCCGUCACGCCGGACGUCAGCGACAAUGAGCCAGACCAUUAUCGAUACUCUGACACCACUGACUCUGAUCCGGAAAACGAACCUUUUGACGAAGAGCAGCACACGCAAAUCACAAAAGUGUGAACUCUUUUUAAAUAAGAAAAUUUAAAAACAACAAACAGCAAGAGAAGAAAUUAUACAACAGAGAAAAAAAAAAAGGAGUAAACUUGAAUAUAAACUUAAAAGAAGAACCUUUUUGUCCCUUAACCCCACCCCCCCAACCCAGAUGGCAAUAGGAUAUCAUCAUGUCAAAUGCCAAUUUUAGGGGGAAAAAAAGAUGAAUUAUCCUGACCAAUAUAUUGUUUUUUUUUUUCUUUUUAUUCCCCCUCCCCCCUUUUUGCGUGGACAUCAACCACGCGCAAGGUAUUGACACUGUUGCCCAAUGGGGAAAAGGUGCUGUAGCUAUAAAAAAACAAAAAAAACAAAUGUGUUUAUAUCUAUAUACAUACGUAUAUGUAUAUACAUAUAUAUACAUUCAUAUAUAAAGGAUUUGUGUGUGUGCGUGCGUGUGUGUCAAAGACAAUGGAAAGAAAGAGAGUACCACAAUCAGGAGAGACGGGAGUUGAAGUCAAGGACGAUCUACUUGGGACAUUGCUGCUCCUUCUCCUGUCCAAAAACCAAGGCCAGUGCUGCAGUCACUUUGCUUCACCCUUCCUCCUCCUCUUCCUCCUCAUCUUUUACUCCUCCCUCUCCUCCUUUACUGUGAAUGCUUCUUGUGCUCUUUGCAGGCUGUCUCACGUGACUUUUUUUGGCCUUUGUGCAGUGCAAACUGCAUGCGGGCCGUGGGUUUGGGGGGGGGGGGGGGGGGGGGCAAGGGUGGGUUCGAGGGGUGGGCUGGGCCUGGGGGGGGGGGUCGAAGAGGCUGUGAUGAUGUCUAAAAGCAUUGCCAUUCCUGUUCCCACUGUGUAUACGUUUAAAUUAUGCAGAACAAGGCAUCCCAUGUAAUUGUUAAUGUUUUUUUUAUCCUAAGAUAAUAAAAAUAUAAUACAUAAAAAACAG